AAUGUGCUGAAGAUUUUGUCUGUUUCUCCUUCUUUGGUUUGUUGACCUUAUGGAAGAUCAAUCCAGGCGGAGUUCUGUCUGUCUGGACACAUUAUAAUGGAUUAGAGAUUAUGCUGAUGUUGAGUGUGGCUUCAUGACUGCAGGAUUAUCUCUGAAGUGGGUGUGGAUGUGUGUGCGCGCAUGUACGGAGAUCCCGAGCUAAGUUGAGCUGAUGCAGUGUGUUAUACAGUGGGCAUGGAGGAACGUCGUGCCCUGAAGGGGUGUGGCUGUUCAAACCUCUUUCAGAAAGUUUUGGCCACGUGUGAAUGCUACUCCAUCAGAGAUCAAGAGUCUUUCUCAGGACUCACUGAUGUCACUCCAGACACUUCUGCCCACUUUGUUCCCCCUGGUGACCUAUCUCCCAUCUCCUCUGGUGACCACUGGCCAGCAGCCCCAAGCACUCAAACCCCCUCAUCUCCCCAGCACUCUGUCAAAGCUCUGAGGCAGUGGCUGAGUGGCCCCUUCUGCAGGUUCAGCCUGGGACAAAGGAGCAAAGGCCAGAGGCCAGAGGUCAGAAAUAACCCAGAUCGACGGCCCUUCCCGUUUGUGCCGCUCUCACACAGCUAUAGUACAGUGAGCACUGCGCAGGAGUCCAGUUGCCAGUCACCUACAGAUGGACCACCGGAAUUGAACGGGGCUUCAGAAGUCAAAGUAGCUGAUGAUUCAGUUUAUCCCAGCCACAUAACUGAUCUCAUACAGAACCAUCAUUCCUGCCAACUGCUCCCUGGUGAAGGCAGUUCCUCUGUGACUGAUGAGAAAUUCAGCCAAUCAGUGGGUCUUGAAGACAGUGAAGAGGACAGAAAGAAUGCCUUAGAAAAAAGCAUAUAUGUUCUAUCAGAGCUGGUAGAGACAGAAAGGCUAUAUGUGGAAGAUCUAGGCCUCAUAGUUGAGGGCUACAUGGCCACUAUGAGUAACAGUGGAGUUCCAGAGUAUAUGAAAGGCAAAGAUAAAAUAGUAUUUGGAAAUGUUCACCAAAUCUAUGACUGGCAUAAGGACUACUUCCUUGGUGAACUGAAGAAGUGUGUGUCUAAUCCAGAGCAGCUGGGGCAGCUCUUCAUCAAACAUGAGCGGCGUCUUCACAUGUACGUGGUGUACUGCCAAAACAAGCCCAAGUCUGAGUGCAUUGUCUCAGAGUACAUAGACACCUAUUUUGAGGAUUUAAGACAGCAGUUGGGCCACAGGCUGCAGCUGAAUGACCUGCUGAUUAAACCUGUUCAGAGGAUCAUGAAGUAUCAGCUUCUACUCAAGGACUUCUUGAAGUAUUAUGUUAAAACAGGGAAACACACAGAAGAACUUGAGAGCGCGGUUGAGGUGAUGUGUUUUGUUCCUAAGCGAUGUAAUGAUAUGAUGAAUGUUGGGAGACUGCAAGGUUUUGAGGGGAAGAUAACAGCUCAGGGAAAACUGCUUCAGCAAGACACUUUCGCACUCAUCGAACAGGAAACUGGCGUCCUGCCCCGCCCCAAACAGAGGCAGGUAUUCCUUUUUGAGCAGCUCGUCAUCCUCAGCGAGCCAAUCGACCGCAAGAAAGAAUUCUCUCUGCCAGGAUACAUCUACAAGAACAGCAUCAAGGUGAGCUGCUUGGGAAUAGAGCACCGUUGCCCUGAUGACCUGUGUCGGUUGGUUCUGACAUCUCGUGCUGCCAGUGGAGAUGUGCAGCGGUUUGUCCUUCAGGCUCCGUCUCCAGAAGUCAGACUGUCUUGGGCCAAUGACAUUAUUCAGAUUCUGGAAACGCAGCACAACUUCCUCAAUGCCCUGCAGUCUCCUAUCGAGUAUCAGAAGCGUGAGAGUAAGUCGCUCAGUCUGGGCAGAGGCAUUAGGACAUCAACUUCUGUGAACUCCGCCCUCGGACCCUAUAGCUCCACCUCCAUCGACAGCCAGAAGCACCCAUGCCUGCGAACCUGCAACUCCUCACUGCCCACUAUGAUCCUGUCUAAACAAUAGGAUGUCCUCUGAUGACUGCGUAGUGGGACACAUGCUGUUUUGUGGACUCAUCUCUUGGAGUGUCUCCUCCUCAGCUCCCUCUCUCUCACUUCCAUGCUUCUCUUUCGGGCUCUUUUUAGUAGUUUUGCAUUUUGUAGGCUUAGAGAACAAAGUCAAUUUCAGUUUAAGAUCCAAAACUGAAAUUGACUUUGUUCUCUAAGCCUACACUCCAUGUGCUCUCCAUUACUCUAUGACUUCAUUAUGUCCUUUAAUAUAAAGUUUUUUUUAAAUAAUAUCAAUGACUUCCCAGACCUGUUCCUGAAUAGGAAUUCAGAAUUUGAAUUCCAACCAUUUUUUCAGUCAUUCUGAGUGGUUUGAUAUGAAAUGGCAAAUUUUGUUGAAAUUGACAGACUCAUUUCUUUACAGUGAUGGUGACAGGAACCAGGGGUCACAGCAUAUACAGUACUAAUACAGUCACUUUAUUUACUAUCCAAAAUGAACAGUGAAGCUACAGCACAUGCAUCUCUUGAGUUUUAAUAAUGUAAUAUUGAUAAUAGUAAAAAAAACAAAAAAUGUCCAAAUCUGAAAACAUUUUUUUGACUAUUUUGCUUCACAGCACCCUGCAUUAAUGUCUACAGCAGGAAUGGAAUAAUUUUAGACCAAAGACUCAUGUGAAAUUGUACUGUACUAUUACAAACUGUGUUUCAGCCAUUAGUCAGUAUAUUCCUAUUAGACCCUGACGGAGAAGCGGCUUAGAAAAUGGAUGGAUGGAUGGAUUCCUAACCAUUUAAUUUAAUAACUAGCUUUUAGAGGCAUAAAUGCUUUGCAUGUCUGGUUCCUACCACCACCACUCAGUUCUCAGUAAGUCUUAGUAAGAUUCUCUAGAACACAACAUUUCACAUGAAACCACUCUGAAUGACAUUUGUUUACACCUAAACCAUUUACUUAAGCAGAAAUCAGUUGAAUUCCACUUUAAGCACUGUUUUCUUUUUUCAUGAAUAUCUCACUGCAGUCAAACAGGUUAAAGUGACCAUAUUUUGCAAACAACCACAAAUAGCUAUUAACACCUGUCUGGCAGCACAACAGCAAAUGCAUUCUUUCACUACCUUACAUUAGAUAAGAUCGCUAGAUAAGAUUUUACAGCAAUGACUUGGCACAGCCAGAAGAGUGAAAAAAAAAACAAAUAAACUGUUUAACCACUUCAAAAUAAAGACAGCAUUUGUAUAAUCCAUCCACUGUUUAACUGUAGUCUGUCAAUUAUUAAUAAAUUGUAAAUAGUUGACACAACUACAUGGUUAGAAAUGAAAUAGGUUGUAUAGAAUGCCAAUAUAAUUUGUGGUGGUCUGGGUAAUGUCAGACAUGUGAAGUCAAAGACAUCACCAGAUUUCUCACUUCUUAUAUUGUCAGAACCUGCAGUAAUGUUUAGUUUGCAGUUAACUGUAGUCUUAGUAUUGAUUUAAUAAUGAAUCUUGAAUCUUUGAAUAAACAAAUUUUAAAAUAAUCACAGAUGACCCUAACCCUAACCCUAACCCUUACAAAUAUCGUCUUAGUAGGUACAUUGCUGUCUGUUGAAGGUACUAUAGUAAUUCUAGAAAACGAAUACUAAGAAUAGGGAGACAAUCUCAUGCCUUAUAUGCAAUAAAAGACUGUGGAGUUGUAAGUUUCAAAACAUGCCCUUCAGUCAUAUACAGAAGCUAAGAUGCAAAAUGUGAUGUGACAUCACAAAAACCAAAACAUUUUCACAUAUCUACCUAUUCAACCAACACUAAGGCCAAAAGUAUUCAGACACCAUCAGACAUACUCCCAGGUCCAUAAUAAUAAAUACAAAGAUUAUACACUGCAAAAAAUAAAGGGAACACUCAAAUAACACAUCC